CAGCCCGGUGUCGCAGGCCCGGGCCCGCACGUGCCGCCCCGGCCUGUCGUCCUCCGCCGUCGCCAAGAUGUCGCAGUUCAAACGGCAGCGAGUCAGCCCCCUGCCCGGCGGACGCACCUUCUCAGGUUCUGUCUCUACAUCUCUCCUGGGCCCCCCGCCGGGUUUGCUCACCCCUCCCGUUGCUUCAGACCUGUCGCAGAAUGCCAGGCACCUGCAGGGAGGGGAGAAACAGAGGGUCUUCACUGGCAUCGUCACCAGCCUGCAUGACUAUUUUGGGGUGGUGGAUGAAGAAGUCUUCUUUCAGCUGAGCGUGGUGAAGGGCAGGCUGCCCCAGCUGGGUGAAAAGGUGUUGGUGAAGGCCGCGUACAACCCUGGCCAGGCGGUACCUUGGAAUGCCGUCAAAGUGCAGACGCUCUCCAACCAGCCUCUCCUGAAGUCCCCAGCACCCCCACUUCUGCAUGUGGCGGCCCUGGGUCAGAAGCAAGGCAUCUUAGGAGCCCAGCCCCAGCUGAUCUUCCAGCCACAUCGGAUCCCUCCCCUCUUUCCCCAGAAGCCGCUGAGUCUCUUCCAGACGUCCCACGCACUGCACCUGAGCCACCUGAGCAGAUUCCCUGCCCGGGGCCCUCACGGCCGAGUGGACCAGGCCCGAAGCGACGACUACGACUCCAGGAAGCGCAAGCAACGGUCGGCUGGAGAGUCCUGGGGCUCUAAGAAGCCGAGGCAUGACCUGCCCCCGUAUCGAGUCCAUCUCACUCCCUACACUGUGGACAGCCCCUCCUGUGACUUCCUGGAGCUGCAGCGCCGCUACCGCACGCUUCUCGUGCCCCCCGACUUCAUGGUCGUGCACCUGAGCUGGCUGUCGGCCUUCCCUCUGGGCCAGCCCUUCUCGCUGCACGCCCCCAGUCGCAUCCAGGUCUCCUCGGGGAAGGAGCCGGGCCCGGGCCCCGCCGCCGAGGUGGUUCCGGCCGACGCCAGUCCUUCCUACAUCGCCAAGGUGCUGCUGCUGUCCACGCCGGGACUGGAAGAACUCUACCGCUGCGGCCUGCUGUUCGUGGACGACGCGGCGGAGCCAAGGGAGAGUCUCGAGGCCCCCUUGAAGCAGAUUAAGUUCCUCUUGGGGCAGAAGGAGGACGAGGCAGUGCUGGUUGGGGGAGAGUGGUCGCCCUCCCUGGACGGCCCCAACCCUGAGGCCGACCCCCAGGUUCUGGUCCACACCGCCAUCCGCUGGACCAGAGCUCAGACGGGGAUCGACUUGAGUAACUGCACAAAGUGGUGUCGCGUGGCCGAGUUCCAGUACCUGCAGAUGGGGCCCCCGCAGCGGCAGCAGACGGUGGUGGUGUUCCUGCCCGACGUCUGGUCCCUCAUGCCCCCGCUGGAGGAGUGGGAGGCCCUGUGCCAGCAGAAGGCGGCCGAGGCGGCCCGUCCUCCCCAGGAGGCCCCCGAGGCGGCGGCAGCGGGGGCCGCCGAACCGGCGGCCGAGACCUCCCAGCAGGCCGCGGACGUCUCCAGACGGGCCCUGGACGCUUCCGAACAGGGAGAGGAGGCAGCCCGCCGGGAAGCGGAGGAUUCCGAGCCCACUCCCCAGCAGGAAGAGGAGGCCCCUCCCCCAGAAGCCCCUUCGCCCCCUCUGAAACCCGCCAUCAUAGCACAGCCUGGCUGUAUCAACCUCUCUCUCUACACCCUCCUGGAAGAUCGGAGGCCUAAAGAGAGACUCUCCUUUGAGGUGGCCCUCCUGGCGGAGAUGUUCCAGGAGAUGCUGCAGCGCGACUUUGGCUACCGGAUCUACAAGAUGCUGCUGACCCUGCCCGAGAAAGCGGCUCCCCCGCCGGAGCCUGAGAAGGAAGAAGCGGCGAAGGAGUCGAAGGAGGAGGGGCAGAAUGAGGUUCCGCCGGAGGGGCGAGAUGAAGGGGUGACGGCGGAGCCGGACGCCGCGUCGAAGGAGGAUGGGCUCUUGCCCAAGCCGCCAGCCUCUGGUGAAGAGGAAGAGGAGAAGCCACGGGGGGACGCGCCUGUGGAACUGUGUGACCUGAGCCUGGAUGCCGAACUGAUGCUUCUGAGGGAUGAAGUGGAGGAGGAGUUCGCGGGGGCAAAGCUAGAAGACGCCGAGGUGCGAUCUGUCGCCUCGAACCAGUCGGAGAUGGAAUACCCCUCCCUCCAGGACAUGCCCAAGGGAUUGGACCCUUCCGCCGUCCUGCCCCUCGACUGCCUGCUUGCCUUCAUGUAUUUCGACGCCAACCUCUGCGGCUACCUGCACCGGCGGGACCUGGAGAAGAUCCUCCUCACGCUGGGGCUCCGGCUCAGCGCGGAGCAGGCUAAGCUGCUGGUGAGCCGGGUGGUGACGCAGAACAUCUGCCAGUACCGGAGCCUGCAGUACAGCCGCCACGAGAGCCUGGACGGCGGGGGUCCGGAGGAGGUCCCCCCGUUGGGAAACCCGGAGCAGGCUCCCGCCCGCGGCCAGGGCGCCAAGCCGGGCGCCCCGGCCGAGCAGGGAGGCCUCGUGUCCCACAACGGCAGCCUCAUCCACGUGGGGAACCUGCUGCAGCGGGCCGAGCAGCGGGACAGCGGGAGGCUCUACCUGGAGAACAAGAUUCACAGCCUGGAGCUGAAACUGGAGGAGGCCCACAGCCGUUUCUCGGCCACAGAGAGCACCAACAAAGCGCUGGCGGCGGACGUGCAGGAACUGCGGUCGCGGCUGGCGGAGGCCGAGGAGACGGCCCGCGCGGCCGAGCGGCAGAAGGGCCAGCUCCAGCGGCUGCUGCAGGAGUUCAGGAGGCGCCUGUCCCCCCUGCAGCUCGAGCUGCAGCGCCUGUCCGAGAAGGCCGACGGCUGGGUAGAGAAAGAGGAGCCGGCGCCGAGCAACUGAAGAGCGGGGCCCGACCUCUUCCCCCCCUCCGGGC